AUGUUACAAUUUCUAGCAAGACGAACACAUCUAACGAAUCGACACACAUUACAUUUCUCCAAGUCACUUGUCCGUAAUAGUUAUUAUCUCGUAGUACCUGAGUUACCACCUGUUGUCGAAGGUAGUGACGCACUGUUUCAUUGGGAUACAUUUCCAUCUUACGAACAUGCGACACCUCAAGCCGUUGUGAGUGGAGGUCUUCGAUUGUGUUCGGAGACGGAUACAGCGAUACAACAUCACGUGGAAAAAACAGCACAUGAAUCAUCGAAGCCAACAUUUGAAUCAAUAUUUAAUCCAAUUGAAGAUUUAAAUGUUCCAUUCGAAACAGGUUUCUGUACGAUUCGUCAGCUAGCGUUAGUUGAUCAACGAAAGUUUGCUAAUUUGUAUUCCAAAUUCGAUGGUCACUUUACCAUGCAUCGAGAAUUUCGCUUUCAAGAUCCAACUCUCUACAAUCUUGUUCAAAGUCUUAAUACUGAUGAAAAACGUGCAAAGUUAAAAGAUUGGCAACAAACUUUAAUCAAUCUUUACUUACAUUUCGGAAAGCUGAACGGUUGUCAUUUGCAAAAUGAAGAACUUGAUCAAUUACAGUUACUCAAUGGAAAACUUAGUCAACAUCAAUACAGCUUUGCACAAAGGCUGCUCUACGCGAAUAAAACAUUUACACAUCUUGAACUGGAUCCAUUUGCUUUUGACGAUGUGCCAUAUCAUAUCAAACAGCAAUUCGCUGUUGAUAAAUCAAAACCAGAAUCUGGUCCGUGGAAAUUAGAUUUAUCUGAUCGAACAUUUCAUACGAUUAUGACAUACUCCGGCAAUCGUCCGUUACGAAAAUUGCUGUUCGAAGCAUAUUACGGUCGUGCCUCACCAACAGUUGAUCGCUUGAAUCGAAAUGUGGAAAAUAUUGUUGAAAUUACUCGAAAAAGAAAGUUAAUCGCAAAAUUUCUUGGUUAUUCUUGUUUUGCUGACAUUGUUCUGCAAUCCAAGAUGGCUCGAACGAAAGAAACAGUUCAAGAUUUCAUCGAGAGUACUCGUUCAAAAUUGAAGCCUAUUCAUGAUGAAAAUAUCCGUGAACUAACUGCAUAUGCUCAAGAGAAAUCGAAGAAACCGAAAGAAUAUGAACAGCUACAAGCAUGGGAUGUUGCUUACUGGCGUCAAAGACAAUUACAAGAUUUAUCCUCAUCGUUGAAAAUCGAUUCAUCGCAAAUCAGUCGAUAUUUCUCAUACGAUCGUGUACUCAAUGGGCUUUUCGAAUUUGUUGAAACUCUCUUUGGUGUCAAAUUUCAAUUAGAAACUAAUUUUGAUGAUCAAUACAAAUGGCAUCCGGAUGUGCAAGUUUAUCGAUGUGUAGAAAAUGAAAAUGUCAUUGGACAUUUGUUUGUUGAUGCGUUUGCUCGACCAAACCAGAAAUCAGAAUUGUGUCUUGCUACUACUGGUCGAGAUCGUUGUCAACGACAUAACGUCUUACCAAUUGCUUAUCUCAAUAUGAAUUUACCACGAAUCGAUGGAACAGCAACAUUGAUGACAUUGGCACAACUCAAAGAAAUGUUUUUCUCUUUCGGUCGAGUUCUUCAAGUUCUUCUUACCCAAUCACCGAAUCACGAAUUAGCUGGCAUUCGCAACCUAGAAGCCGAUGCUCUUGACAUUAUCCCACAUUUCUUAGUUCAAUGUCUUCGUGAUCCAAACAUUCUCCCCUACAUCAGCGAAAACGUCGAAACGAAAAAGACUCUCGACGCUUCAACAUAUCAUCGUGCUUUAAAUGAAAUCGACCAGCAUAUGAUUACUCAUGAUGUUCUCCGACAAUUAUACUUAAGUGCAUUUGAUCUAGAAAUUCAUACGAAUGCAACAAACUACUAUGAUGCUAUGGCAAAAUUAUGGCCGUCGUUCACGUCUGUUCCAUUGCAUAAUCGUGACUUUCAUCCAUGCAGCUUUGAACAAAUCUAUUGUGAACAAUUAGCAUCAGCGUACUACUCACACAAAUGGUCAGAAAUGAUUGCUUGUGAUUUAUUCAAUGCUUUCAAAGAAGUGGGAAUGAACGAGAAAGACAAAAUCUCUGAACUUGGAAAGAAAUUUCGUAGUACAAUUUUAGCACGUGGUGGUACAGUUAGUAUGCGCGAACUUUUCCGAGAAUUUCGCUCGCGAGAGCCAAAUUAUGAGCAUUACAUUCAAAGACUAACCACACAAAUAAUAAAAAGAAAACAUCACAAAGUGUUCUCAUGCUAUACAUUGACUUGUUUCGGCUUUUUAUUUUAA